GGAUGCAAUUGCGCAACAUGGACACCAGAGGUCCCACUGACCUCAAAUGUACUGGCGAAGAGUUGAGGCGUUUUGAGAGAUCAGGGAGUGAAAUGAGGCAGCAGGAAUUCGACGCUGGUCGGUCGUAGUUUUAUGUAGUAACCAUGGAUUAUUCUGCUCCAGUUUCACAUUACCUGUAACGCAGGAACACCUCACAGACUGGGAACCAAGCUUGUUUUUGGGAGACUGUCAUCUGUCAGCGGCAGACAGUGUGCCAGUAAGAUGCAGCAACAGCCACGCUGACCAGCAAGUCAGAGUACUGGACAGCUGAAAGGACUGCAGCCUGGAUGUGAUACUUGGUAACCCUGCCUCUGUGUGCGAUGUGUGGACUUGUUCUGCCCCUGUGUUUGCUGCUAUGGAUAGUAGGAACAGCUUUCUCCAGGACACAAGGUGAGGUCAUGGCUCCUGCCAAACUGAACGCAGAGGCAGGUCUUCCCCUCCAGCUUGGCUGUAACAUCACCACGCCGGCAGGCAGCACCAUCCGGCAAGUGCGCUGGUUCAGGCAAAAGAAGAUGCUCCUGGCGUACGAGCCACUUGUGCCAAUCCGCAUCAGCCGUCAAGAUUCCAACGUGGUGCUGGCCUCCUCGCAUGCCGACGCCAGCUACAUCACCAUCAAGAGGGUGCAGCAUCAAGAAGAGGGCUGCUACCGUUGCAUCUUCGAUGUUUUCCCCGGGGGCCAGCAAGAAGGACAGACAUGUGUAACCGUCACUGGUAAAGUGCAGCUGGAUGGAAACAAGACGGCCGUGAGCGGGAAGCCGGCCACCCUUUCCUGCUGGUACAACCUCCCUGAGAGGGUGCAGCAGGUGCUGUGGAGGAAAAUAGCCGAGCAGGGCGACACCACCACCGUGGCCUCCUAUAACAAACACGGCCAACAGAGCACAGAUGAGGUGUUCAGGGGGCGUGUGAGUCUGAGCAAAACCCUGGCCAACACCGAGCUGACCAUCCAGGAGGUCAGGACAGAGGACGAGGCGUGCUACACCUGCGAGUUCCACACGUUCCCAGACGGCAUCAAGAGCGCCACCGCCUGCCUCUCUGUAUAUGUUUUACCCAAACCAGAGGUUACCUAUGUGAGCUCACCUUCAGGGGUCACCGAGGCCAACUGCACCGCCCAGUCCCGGCCCGCAGCAGACAUCAUGUGGAACAUCGGCGGGGACAACCGAACGCUGGGGCCGGCCAUUUCAUCGGCCUACGAUCAGGGCGACGGCACAACAAUAGUGACGAGCACGCUGUUCUUCCAAUCGGCGCUGCUCAAUGACCUGUCCGUCAAGUGCAUCGUGCACCACCAGGGUUUGGAGAAACCUCUCUCAGUGUCCCUCAACACAAAUAUGGCUCCAGCCAUGGUUAUCCUCCUCUCCGUGUGCGGUGUGGCAGUGGUCCUCCUCCUGUGCCUUUGUGUGUGUCUCUGCAAGUGCUUCAUCUGCACUGAUGACUGAUUUGGAGCACAACGGCCACCACUGCUUUGAUGAAGGUCCAGCAGAGCUCUGAGCCUGACCUAGCUGCUCAGCACCGUGCCCUCCAGCUCAGUGUGCAGAGGACAGGAACAGAGCUUUCACAGAGCUGAGCCAACACUGGUGGUUCUGCUUCUAUGAGAAGGGAAGGGGAGGGAAGAUCUUGGGGACACAAAUCACUUAACAAAACUGUCAACAGAACUAAAAACACUAUUUAAUGCUACAGUAGAAGUUACACUUACAGUGGAUAUGUUGCUUUGAUUGAUAAAAUAGUUGUGAAAGGAGUGGAGGCCUGUUGGAUCAGCAAGUGGCAUCAUGAGGGUCCAACAGAGAACUGAGUAAAUACAAAACAAUUUGGCAAAAGCAGAUACUGAAGGCCCAGAAAGAUUAUCUGAUAAGUUAUAUUUCUUUAUAAAUACUGAUAUAUGUAGCUUGAAAAGAGCUUUUUUAGUUGUGAAAGUAUUUUUUGACUUUGUUGAGUAGCUUAUUAUUAAGCAAGUUAAUUAAGCAAUUAAAUAUAUUAACCAAUAGGAAAAAAAACAUAUACACUUAUAUAUUAACAUCUAACUGAAAUUACAGUAAAUUGCCUUAUUUGUCUACUACAGCAUACAUAUCUGCUAUGUGCAUCACUUAUCCUGUGUUUUCCGUUGAGAAAAAAUAUGAAACCAAAAGGGAGAAAUAUAUAUUUUAAAUGUAUUUAUUUCAUGAUGUGUCCGCUAGUUUUACCUUAUUUUCAUAACAGUAAAUCAAAUCUUGCAAAAAGCAAUAACAUGGCGUUCUAUCAUAGGAAUAGCAGACGGUCACACUGAGCCUGAUAGCAUCCUGCUACACAACACAUUAGCUUUCCUGCUAAAGUCUCCUUCUUAUCU